GUUAUAUAUUUUUAGUAAAGGUGAGAGACAGCUAAAAAUUUUGCCUUUUGAUCAUCAAAAUAAGCACUAUAGAAGGGAAGCUGUUCCAUCUAAAGAAAAGGAUAAAAAAUCAAAUAUAUUAUCAUCAGUGAAGGAUGUUUCUACUUGCAAGGAAGGUUUAUGUGUGUGUGAUAUUUGUGGGAAAACAUACUGUAGUGCUGCUAGUCUGAGAAAGAAUUACGGUAAUCAUCUGUGUAAAAAACAAUACACAUGCACUGUUUGCAAAAAGUGUUUUGUUCGGAUGCGAACUUUGCAGAGACAUACACUUACACAUAAAACGUUGAAAUAUAAAUAUAAAUGUGACUAUUGUGAUAAAAGCUUUUUGAACAGAACUCUUCUUUCACAGCAUAUUUUGUUAUUUCACGAUAGAACUAAAAGAUACAUAUGUAAUACAUGUAAAAAGCAUUUUCGUUUUAAAACAGAACUAGUUCGUCAUUGUAGUAUUCAUGCAACUACAUAUCCGGCUUUAAAAGCUUUUGCUUGUAAAAAGAAUAACAAGAAACUUGCUGUUAAAGCCCAUCUCACUAAAUACAUAUGGCAGUAUCUGAGCCUAAAACUGUUUUCAUGUAAUAUCUGUGGUAAAACAUUUACAAAAUGCUCACUGUUACAAAGGCACCGUAUCUUGCAUGAUGAAGCAAAACACACUACAAGUAAUCCCAUAGUUCAUUAUAUACAUCAAGUUAAUGUAAAAAAUAAAAAUACUGACUUUGAUAAUUGUAAGGGUACUUCUAAUAAUCAAAAGUCUAUUGCUCAUAAAAGAAAAGUUUCUGAUUGUUAUAUCUGUGAAGCAAGUUGUCAAACUCGAAAAAGCUUUAGGGAACAUUUUCUAUUAUUUCAUAAAUCUGUGCCAAUUAAUUCUUGUCAUAUAUGUUCUAAACAGUUCUGUAAAGCAUCUCAAGUGCACCGUCAUCUAAUAUCUCACACAGGUGAAAAAACCUUUUCUUGUUACAAAUGCAAUAAAAAAUUCUGCACUGAUGCUACUCUUAAACGACACAUUGGACACCAUACAAAAUUUCAGCGUAUAAAAUGCAAUAUAUGUGAGAGAACAUUUGCUGAUGCAAGUUAUUUAAAGAAGCAUAUUUUAACACACAAAAAAGAAAUUAAAUAUAAGUUUGAGUGUGGUGUUUGUGAUGAAGUUUUUACAGAGGAAAAAUUUUUAAAUAAACAUCAGUUAUGGUUUCAUGAUACUUCAAAAAAAUUUCAGUGCAAUGUGUGUCAAAGGAGAUUCACCUAUAAAUACUAUCUUAAUCGUCAUAUGCUGUCUCAUACUGGCACCAAAAGUUAUAAAUGUUUUAAAUGUAACAGAAUGUAUGGUAAUAAAUCGGAUCUUCUGAGACAUUCAUGGAGUCAUAUUGGUUUGAAACCCUUCUUUUGCAAAAUUUGUGGCAAAGGCUUUACUCGUAAUAAUAAUUUACAAAAACAUCUCUCCUCUCACAAUUAAAAAGUGGAUCUGUAAGUAGUGAAACAAAAAGGAGAUACUGACUACAUCUGAGUAUGCUUUAGAUAUAAAUUGCACAUUAAGUUUAUGAAUUUUGGGACAACGAAGAAAUCUCACCAGAUUUGUAUUUAAAACAGGGAAAAUAAAUAAAUAAAAAAAAUAUUCUUGUGAUGCAUAAUGGAUCUUAAGUGUGGGAUUUUAACUGCUACACUACACAUAUUUUGUUGGCUGAAAAGGAACAUAAUCAUUUGUACUUUUCAAAAAUUCCAAAUAUCUUCAUAGCUAUAUAAAAUUACUUGCAUGCAUUAGAAGAUAGGGAACAAAAUAAAAAUUUAGUUUUAGUUGUUUUUCUAGAAAUUUUAUUAAAAAUGUGUAUAUUGACAUUAUCUUAGUGUGAAAUUCUUUUAUCUGCUCAAGAAUUUGUAAUGACUUUACACAUAUGAGGGGGAUUCAGAAAGGAAAGUUACAAACUGCAAUAACCUAGCAGAACUGUGCAUCUAGUGUAGUACUUGCACCAAAUAAAGCUCAUGUCCACACAUUCCUAUGGUGGAAGUUUCCUCUUUGUAACCACAAAAGGUGUACUGUAACAGGAGGGUAUUGUAUCAACAUCACCUGGAAACAAGACAGACUCGGUUAAUGCUAAUCAAUAAUAAAUGCCAUCAGCUUUGAUUGUAAAUGACAUAUGAAGUGUGGCGUAGCAAAAAUAGGAGUUUGUAUCUGGGUGCAACUAGUGGAUCUAAAAUGGCUUCAUGACUAAUGAGCAGAAUUUCAUUGCCUGGACAUUAAAUGAUUAAUUGCACAUUCAGACAAGCACUGACAUAGUCUGGAUGAUUAUAUUGAAAAGUAGUAUAUUAUAACCUUUUUCUUACCGAACUGCAAUUCAUUGAUCACAUUUUUCUCAACCUACUGUAAUGUAACAUUUGUAAUCCACUGCAUAGUUAACCCAUUAACCGCCAAAACUACAAGGAAUGAUUCUUUUCUUACCAUU